AUGGGUCCUGUGGAAACAAAUACUUUAGUAUCACAACAACAACAACAACAACAACAAUCUCAAAAAUCAAAACGAAGAUCUCAUUCAAAUGAACGAAUUUCUCGUGGUGAUAAUAAUCGACAAAAAUCUCGAAGAAGUGCUCGUUCAAGAAGUGGUGAUCGUGAAUCAUCAUCAUCAAGCAGUGAUAACGAUCAUGAAGAUGGUAAUGAGAGUAUGGAUGAAGAUGAUGAUGCAAGUAUAAGUGAUCGAAGUUCAAGAGGAAGUCCAUCAGUAAAACAAACAACUGGAAUGCGAUGGGAUUAUCGAAUGAAUCUUGUUGGAAAAAGAAUAAAAGAAACAAAAGCAUUUUGUUGUCUUAAUUGUCGUUAUCCUGUAUUACUUGUUGGACGAUUAAUGCCUUGUAAACAUGCAGCUUUUUGUUUACAAUGUGCUAAUGAAUGUAAAAGCAAUCGUCGUAAUUGUCCAAAAUGUAAUGAUGCUAUUACUGAUGUAGAGAAAAUCGAAGCAAAAAAUCUUAUUCUAUGUUUACAAGGUUCACAUCCACAUUCACAAGAUGGUUGUCUUCGUGGUUAUACAUCACAACGUGAUCUUCAAGCACAUAUAAAACGACGUCAUGAACAAACAUCACAAAUAGGACAAACACGUCUUGAUUCUCCACAUCAAUUACUUCCUCCUACACAUUCACCAUCGACUGCAUUUUCUGGUCUUGUUGUCGAUUCACAGCAACAACCACAACAACCAUCUCAAAUUCCUCCUCCAUUAAUGAAUUUUCCACCAUUGAAUGUUCCAACAAUGGCACCACCACCAUUAUUUGAUAUUGGAUAUCGUCCAUCAAAUUAUGGACUACCACCAUCUCAACAAUUUAUGCCUUCUCAACCACAAUAUCGACCUUCACCCUAUCCACCUAAUCGACCAUUCUAUUAG